AACCGAGCCACGAUCCGAAGCUUCUCGAACCUUGGUUUGUGAGAACGAAGCGGGAGCUCGAGCCUCCUUCGAUCUCUCACUCUUGCCGAGGCAGGUUGAGAGGGCGUCUCUCCCGUCUAACGAUUGUGGUGUCCUGCCCCCGAUCUCGAGCGCCCAUCUCGCACCCAUCGACUCUGGUCGCCUCGAGCUCGGAUCUCGGAGAAGAACCAUCCGGAACUGCGGUGGGUCGCAGUAGGUGUUGGGCUGAGUUAUGUGGGUUUUGUUUUGUCGAUUGUUUUGGAUGAUGGAUCAUGCUGUAAGACGAGUGGAGUAGCGCUUUUCUGGUGGUGAGUCGAGCGGAAUAUGGCGCAGAGUAAUUGGGAAGCUGAUAAGAUGCUUGAUGUCUAUAUUUAUGAUUAUUUGAUGAAGAGAAAUCUGCAAACCACUGCAAAAGCUUUCAUGGCUGAAGGGAAGGUUGCAGCUGAUCCAGUAGCAAUUGAUGCUCCUGGAGGAUUUCUGUUUGAAUGGUGGUCAGUCUUUUGGGAUAUCUUCAUUGCAAGGACAAAUGACAAGCAUUCUGAAGUUGCAGCCGCAUAUAUAGAGGCUCAACAAAUCAAAGCAAGGGAACAUCAGCAACAGUUACAGAUGCAACAGUUACAAUUGAUGCAACAGCGACAUGCUCAGUUGCAGAGAAAUAAUCCUACUCAUCCUUCGCUUAUGAGUCCUGUAAAUGCUGUAAAUUCUGAUGGCAUUUUAGGACCUUCAACUGCUAGUGUCUUGGCUGCCAAGAUGUAUGAAGAACGUAUGAAGCACCCACACUCAAUGGAUACUGAGACAUCCUCGCAGCUUCUCGAUCCUAAUAGGAUGGCCCUUCCUAAGUCCGCAACCACUCACGCUGGGCAGUUAAUCCAAGGUAAUCCAGGGAGUAUCUCUGCAACAUUGCAGCAAAUUCAAGCUCGAAAUCAACAGACAGCUGACAUUAAGAUGGAGGGUAAUUUGAAUAUGCCUCAAAGAACUUUGCCCAUGGAUCCAUCCUCGAUAUAUGGACAGGGCCUUAUACAGUCAAAGUCUGCAUUAAAUGUUGCAGGACUGAACCAAGGUGUCAGUGGUUUUCCAUUGAAGGGUUGGCCUCUAACUGGUAUCGACCAGCUUCGGCCCAAUUUAGGUCCUCAAGUGCAGAAGCCUGUUAUAUCUGCACCAGCUCAGUUUCAGCUUAUGUCACCACAGCAACAGCAACAGUUCCUAGCACAAGCACAAGUACAGGGCAAUCUUGGUAGUUCUUCUAGCUCUGGAGAUAUGGAUCCUCAACGAUUUAGGACAUUGCCUAGGGGUAGUUUAAGUGGUAAAGAGGGCCAACCCACUGGAACUGAUGGGUCAAUAGGUUCUUUGAUUCAGUCAACCUCACCAAAGAUCAGACAGGAUCAAGCUGAAUACAUAAUGAAGAUUGUGCAGAUGCAGCAGUCCUCAUCUCAGAAGCCACAGGAACAUCUCCAGCAGCAACAACAGUUAGAGCAAAACAAUAGGAAAAGGAAACAACCUUCUUCAUCUGGGGCUGCCAACAGUACUGGCACUGGAAACACUCUGGGUCAUUCUCCCAACUCUCCUUCGUCAACACCAUUUACCCAUACAAUUGGUGAUAGGGUGGGGAUGGCUGGAAACUUGCACCAUGUUAGCAGUAUGCCAAAAAGUUCAAUGAUGUAUGGUACUGAUGGACCAGGGCUUGCUUCGUCUUCAAAUCAGAUGGAUGAUCUGGAGAACUUUGGGGAUGUUGCUUCUUUGGAAGAUAAUGUAGAGUCAUUUUUAUCGCAUGUUGAUGGAGAUGCAAGGGACAUAUUUGCUGCAUUAAAAAAAGGCCCUUCUGAUCAAAAUCAAGGGUCUUCAAAAGGUUUUACAUUCACUGAAGUCAAUUGUAUUUGCACAAGUAACAGUAAGGUUGUCUGCUGUCAUUUUUCUUCUGAUGGGAAAUUCUUGGCCAGUGCUGGACAUGAGAUGAAGGCUGUUCUAUGGAACAUGGAUACUUAUAAAACAGAGAGUACUCCGGAAGAGCAUAGUCUUAUCAUUACCGAUGUUCGUUUUAUGCCAAACUCAACUCGACUGGCAACUUCAUCUUUUGAUCGACAUGUGAAACUCUGGGAUGCAACACAACCAAAUUAUUGUUUGCACACUUUUUCGGGGCACAAUUCGCAAGUGACAUCCCUGGAUUUUCAUCCAAAGAAGACAGAUCUAAUGUGCUCUUGUGAUGGUAAUGGUGAAAUUCGAUUGUGGGAUCUCAGUCAGUACACACUCUCACGUGUUUCGAAGGGUGGUACAGUACAAGUUAGGUUCCAGCCUAAUGUUGGACAACUUCUGGCAGCAGCUGCGGAAAAUGUGGUGUCAAUUUUUGAUGUGGAAACAGAUAGAAAGAAACACACAUGGCAGCUUCACAAAAAGGAUGUGCAAUCUGUUUGCUGGGACAACACUGGAGAACUCCUGGCAUCUGUUAGUCAGGAUUGUGUAAAGGUGUGGUCGUUAGCAAAAGGCGAGUGCAUUCAUGAGCUAAGUUCCAACGGGAACAAGUUCCAUUCUUGCAUUUUCCAUCCAAGCUAUGCGAAUCUCUUGGUUAUCGGCGGGUAUCAGACUUUGGUGCUGUGGAACAUGGGAGAGAACCAAACCAUGUCAGUCCAAGCGCACGACGGUUUGAUUGCAGCACUGGCAGAGUCACCAGCCGCAGGAAUGGUAGCGUCUGCGAGCCACGACAAGUCUGUCAAGUUGUGGAAGUAGGUAAUAAAGCAUUAGAUCGUUACGCCGUCGAUUGCAGAAGAAGCAGAAAGGGAACAAAUAACGCACGUUACAUUUUAUUCGGUUGGUUGGUUUGGUUUGGUUUCAGGGGAAUAAAAUUAGCUUCAGGUGUUUGUGAUGGUGUGCUGUAGUAAAUGUAUGUGACUGGAAGCAUUGAUAUGUCUUGCUUCCAAUUUAAGGGUUCUGUCAGACUCUUUGGACGCAUGGGAAUCGGAGAACAGUUGUUCCAUAACCAUCUUCUUCUUUUUAUUAUUAUUAUUAUUAUUAUUGGUA